AGAGAUACCUGAACCCUCUCGACAGAGGAACCCAUUACCACUGGAUCGUUGUUGAUUGAUUAUUUGUACAGUUCUCUUCUCAUAAGAAGGAUUUCCAUGUUUCUGGCCGAAGACAAAAUGCACCGGUGGUGGUGGGAGCCAAUGCCUCCGGAAGAGCGACUUGCUCUGCUUGAUGUGUUGUCAGAUGCACUGUUUGCUUCAGAACAAUGGCACGGUAUUGAAAUUGACAGCUCCCUGCUAAGUUACUCUGGACUCAACUCAACCGAUGUGCUGGACAGUUACCGUGAACAAGUCUUUAACGAUGAAGAACCCCUCGAUGUUCCAAGUAUUGUAGAGAAGCUGGGUGGUGCACUCGCUGGGUUCGAAACGGUGCCCAACGCUGUGGGACUCGGUGCUCUCAUCAUUUCCAUGAUCUUAGAGAUAGUCGGGAAAAGCUUGGGGAAAAAAACCAUGGGCACGGCUGAAAUGUUGCAGAGGGUGUUUGCAGAGGAGAAGGGCAAUGAGGUCCGAGACCUGAUGGACGAGUAUUUGAAGCAUCUGCAGAUCAACUUGGGGAAGCCACAGCUCCAACUAGCUGAGACCCGGCAAAUAGAGCUCGAUCUCAGUGCGCAGCUAACGCGGCUAAAGAACUCCAUGCUGGUCGAUGGACAUAUGAACUCUAUGCUUCUGAAGCAGUGGGUGAACGGCGCUGCGUUUCACACCCAGAUGUUGAUCCAUCAGGCUCGUCUGGAGGAGGCCGACGGGUCGAGAGCAGUGCGAGCAGCGGGCGUUUAUCAGCAACAGCUCAACGUUAUUAUAGAUAGAUACAAGAAGUACCUGAUUGGUAUUACACAUAUUACAAUAUUGACUACGAGAGAUCAAUCAACAACGUAUAUUCUGUCAUUCAAUGAGGGGCCGUUGUCUGGUUAUUCAGCUCCAUGGUACGCUCUGCAAUAUAAGAGCCAAUUCACUGACACUCAAAUGGUUGAGCAUUUGUUUUCGAAACAGCAGAUUUCUUGGACAACGAGUUAUUUCACAGAUUUAGCAGCAAAUAUUCCGACUCUGGUGAGACAACAUGCCACCUUUCAAAUUCAAAACUGACAUUGAAGCUCUUUGUUUGUAAAGCCAUGAGACCAACAUCAAACCAAACUUUACUCUUAAACUCAAAAAGGCAAAUAUUUUAAACUGGACACGCAACGGAUGUUCAGACUAAGAGAGAACAACUAUUGCUAUGACAUUUGGUUUAUCCAUCCAUGGUGACCAUAGGAUGAAUCCUGAUGACAUUAUCAAGUCCACAUUUAUAAUUUGCCCAAUAAUUUGGUUUAUGUUAAAAACUGCAAAACUAAACAUUCCCAUAAUCCUCAGCUGUGCUUUGUGUUUCUGUAAAUGAAAGCAACCUGACGCAAUUUAGAAAAACGGUACACAGUGACCGUUAAACCUGUUAGCAUAUGUUAGCUUAGUCAUUGUUAGAAAGUUAGCAUGUUGAAAUUAGCAUUUAGCCGAGGGCACAAUACUCAGGCCCUGCAAUAAAGAACUCUUACUGUAUGCCUUAUGAAUGCACAAUAACAAGGAGAGAGACAUGCUAUGCAGAGAGUUGGUCAAUGUCUGUUUAUGUGUUUCGUGUAUCUGCAUUUGCAUGUGAGGUUGGUAAGGGUUAGA